AUGGAAGAUCGUGCCUUCCUAACAGCCUUAUACCGUCAGAAUAUCAAGGACGAAUUAAAAUUAAGUGAGAACGAUUUUAUUAAGUCAACCAAAAUUGUUAGGCAUCGUAAAUUAGAAAAUGGGCGUCAAUGGGUAGGCUUAGAAUUAGAGGCAGCAGUUCGGAAACAUCUAGCCAACACAAAAGAUAAACUUUAUAUAGACUGGGCCACAUGUAGAUUCAUAGACGAUAUAGAAGUAGUUCGUUGCUUAAAUUGUCAGCAAUUCGGUCAUGUACAAAAGUUUUGCACCAUUAAAACCCCUACUUGUGCUAAUUGCGCCGCCGCACACGAAACGCGAGCUUGUCCAGAUAAAGACACACCAGAUUUUAAGCCCACAUGCGCACAGUGCCAGUUAAAUCUUCAUAACGAUAAAAUAGCUACAUCAGAAUUAGACCGUUUAAUUUUAGAACAAAAGUUAGACAUUGUCCUUUUACAAGAACAAUAUCAGAGCGCUCACUUGCGUCGUAAUGUAGUACAGCUUGACUGCCGUUUGCAGGCUGGGAUAUAUGUUGCAAGUUCUAAUUUUACGGUAACAUCCUUGCGUAAUCUUAUGACGUCACACUGCGCCGUUGCUGAGAUCUCAUCCUCUACCUGUAAGGUUUACGUAGUGAGCUGCUAUUUUCAAUAUUCACAUCCUAUUGAUCCUCACUUACAUCACUUACGUUACGUCUUGCAGUUCCUCGUGGGACAUAAAAUUAUCAUUGGCGCUGAUGUCAAUGCGUCAUCUUCAUUAUGGUAUUGCAAGUUGCGUUCAACCGACACGGUUCGACGUUGUGCGGUUGAAGAUUUCAUUGCGGAAAUGAAUCUUAUUAUUCACAAUACCCCCGAUGCACCACCAACUUUUUGCAACCCAAUGGGUGAGUCUUCUAUUGACGUGACGCUUACGCGCGGCGACGACUCGAUAUCCAGAUGGCGUGUCCUUCCGGACGCAUCCUGUAGUGAUCACCGCUUGAUCGUGUACGAAUUCAUACCAAGGGUUGCACAGGAUCCACAAAAGGCUCUCUAUAAUUUUAGAUAUAAAACUAAAGGUGCGAACUGGGCUUUGUUUGGUUCACUCUUUGCAACUCAUACCAAAGACUUCAGUCGCAGUAGUUUAUCAGCUGAGGAAAGCGCAGAAAUACUAUCAGAAACUUUUACAUACUGCGCUGAUGUAACUAUUGGUCGCGGAUCUAUCACUAACACUCGUAGAUGUGAUUGGUGGAAUGAUAGAUUAGCCGAACUACGUAGAAGCUACCGGAAAGCUCGUAGAAAAUUAAACACUAUUAAAAAACGUAACGUAACAGGAGAUUUGUACAACAAUGCUCUCAUUGCUCUUAGAGUUGCCAGGUCCCACUACAGAGCUGCUGUGGAAAAAUCCAAGAGAAACUUAAUUCAGAAACUUGUUGAUAAACUCGAUAGAGAGGGCCCGUGGUCACCUUUGUAUCACGAAUUUAAGGCAAAUAGAUCAAUCGACCUUGCAUACAUACAGAACAUCAAAAUUAAUAACAGAUAUACCACAGAAGUAGAACAAACAUCAGAAUAUUUUUUACACUCACUCGUACCUGACGAUCGACCGGAAAACGACACUGAUCAUCACCGACAGAUCAGGCAGUGGGCCAUCAAACCACCACUAUCUCCAAUGUCUGAUUUACCAUCUUCAGACGAAUUUCUCGGUAUCAUUAGAUCCUUGCCGCUAAACAAGGCUUCGGGCGAUGAUAAAAUAUCUAACAAAAUGAUAAAAGAAGCUUGUAAACUUUCGGGUGACACGAUUUUCACUGUCUUUAAACGUUGCAUUGCUGAAGGAAUAUUUCCUCGUAUUUGGCGUUGCGGUAAUAUUCGUAUAAUACCAAAAAGUGGCGACAAGCCACCGGAUGAUCCUAAAUCCUACCGACCAAUCACAUUGUUACCAUCGUUGGGAAAGCUUUUAGAACGUCUUGUAGUGCCCCGGCUUCUGCCAGGUGGAGUCAAAUUUCAUGAUAGACAAUUUGGAUUUACGUUGGGUAAAUCGACAACUGACGCUGUUAUAUCGGUUAGAAAGUUUGUCACAGGGUCAAAAUUUCAAUACGUACUGGCUAUUUUCUUAGAUAUAUCUGGCGCCUUCGACAACGCAUGGUGGCCCAUGCUGUUGCUGAAAUUAAAAUCACGGGGGUGCUUUAAAAAUAUUUAUUCCCUUAUCUCUUCGUACUUUUCACAAGGUACAACUAAACUAAGAAUUGGUCAUCAUUCUGUGUCGAAGGCGCUUACAAUGGGAUGUCCUCAGGGAUCGGUGCUAGGUCCAUACUUGUGGAAUAUCGGCUUCGACGAUUUUCUUGCAAUACCAAUACCAUCCGGAUGUACUCUGAACGCGUAUGCUGAUGACGGCUUAUUACUGGUGGAAUCUGAUACUAGGGCGGGGCUUGAGAGAUUAGCCAAUAGAUGUUUGAACUUGAUAUCUCAAUGGGGUGAACGUAAUCGCUUAACUUUUGCACCCAACAAAACCUUCCAGCUACUUUUAAAAGGUAACCUCAAAUCACCGCCGAGCAUUAGAUUUGACAAUGUUACUGUAAAAAAUAAAACCGCAGUGUGUUAUCUAGGAUUAGUUUUAGAAAGAAACUUUUCAUUUAUCGAACAUAUUAAAAUAGUUAAUGAAAAGUCUAAAAAGAGUUUCUGUGCAUUGACAAGGAUAUCAACUGCGACAUGGGGUCUAUCAUUUAAUACAUUAAAGAUCAUAUACGGAGCUACUUAUUUAGGUUCUAUGUGCUAUGGUGCACCUGUAUGGGCCGAUAGGGCGACCGUAGGCGCUGUCCGUCGCAAACUGUUACAAGGCCAACGACUUGCACUGAUAUUCUUGUGUAAGGCAUAUAGGACGGUUAGCACUGAGGCUUUGCCGGUGUUGGCGGGUGUGCUUCCGGUCGAUCUCGAGGUGCCGAGACGUGCAGCCAUGUACUAUUCAAGACAACAAAACAUGGAAUGCGAUUUUUUGGGCGCGCGGGAUCGCGGUAAAAUUACAAGAUUGCUUCAACAGCAGCCCGAUGUCUAUAACGACCUCAUAGACGAAUGGCAACAACGCUGGGAUGAAUCAUCCAAGGGGCGCCAUCUUUACCAAUUCUUUCCAUCUGUUCGCGAACGGUUGUCGAGGAUAUGGCUUGAGGUGGAUCACUGUGUCGCUCAAUUUCUUACGGGUCAUGGUAACUUUAAGAGCAAGCUUUAUUCAUUUAAAUUAGUCGAGUCACCAUUGUGUCAAUGCUCAACACCUAACUCUCACUAUGAACAGUCUGCUCAUCAUAUCCUCUGGGAAUGUAGUCUUUGGUAUAAUGAACGUAAUAUAAUGUUGAAUAGCUUGCAGGUGACAUCUGGGGCGGUAUACUAUGGGGAUCUUGUGUCAACUAGGGUGAAUUUCCGUGCGUUUAGGCGAUUCUGCCAUACAUAUUAUAGAAAUCAAACAUAG